AUGAUAUUGCUUCUUUUUCUAUCUUGUUUGAUUUUCUCCUGCUUGACCUUUUCCUGGUUAAAAAUCUGGGGGAAAAUGACGGACUCAAAGCAAGUCACCAAGAGUAAAUCAGAAGGGAGCUCUAUCCCAAGCCGGGAGCCCUUUCCAGCCUCAGACAGCUCAGGGGAGCCACCCCAGAAAAUUGAGGACCGCAGCCCUCUGCCAGAGACUCCUGACCAGGCUGAGCCAGCCUCCCACAGAGGUCCCAAAGAUGCCUGUCGGCAAAGAACUUCCAGGCCACCCCCACACCAGAACCCCCCAGGAAAUCCCUCUUCCUCAGAUAGCACCCCCGCAGUGCUCCAAGCCAAUGGGACAGGGACCAAAGGCCUGAAGACCCCAGAUACCAAUGGCCUGUCAUCUUCAGCCAAGCCCCAGGGCCAGCGAGCCAGACCCCUCUCCAAAAAAGACGAAAAGCAGGAGUACAUCAAGAGGCAGCUGAUGACCAACUUCAUCCUGGGAUCCUUUGAUGACAAUUCCUCCGAUGAGGACCCUGGCACUGGCUUGUUCCGAGAGUCUUCCCGGAAGGGCAGCCGGGCCAGCCUGGGGACCCUGUCCCUGGAGGCUGCUCAGACUGUAGGCGAGUUCGAGAACCCAGUCCCUGCUAUAAGACCCAGCAUGUCGGGACUCCACCUGGUAAAGAGGGGUCGAGAACUGAAGAAGCUGGACCUGCACAGAGACUUUACCGUGGCUUCCCCGGCUGAGUUUGUCACACGCUUUGGGGGGAAUCGGGUCAUCGAGAAGGUGCUCAUCGCCAACAAUGGCAUCGCCGCCGUGAAGUGCAUGCGCUCCAUCCGCAGGUGGGCCUAUGAGAUGUUCCGCAACGAGCGGGCCAUCCGGUUUGUAGUCAUGGUGACCCCAGAGGACCUGAAGGCCAAUGCAGAGUAUAUCAAGAUGGCAGAUCAGUAUGUCCCUGUCCCGGGAGGGCCCAACAACAACAAUUAUGCCAACGUGGAGCUGGUUGUGGACAUUGCCAAGAGAAUCCCCGUGCAGGCGGUGUGGGCUGGCUGGGGCCAUGCUUCCGAAAACCCCAAACUGCCGGAGCUCCUGUGCAAGCAUGAGAUUGCUUUCUUAGGCCCUCCCAGUGAGGCCAUGUGGGCCUUGGGAGAUAAGAUCGCCUCCACCAUUGUGGCCCAGACGCUGCAGAUCCCAACACUGCCCUGGAGUGGAAGUGGUCUGAUGGUGGAAUGGACAGAAGAUGAUCUGCAGCAGGGGAAAAGAAUCACUGUCCCAGAAGAUGUUUACAACCAGGGUUGUGUGAAAGAUAUAGAUGAGGGCUUAGAGGUGGCAGAAAAAAUUGGUUUUCCCUUGAUGAUCAAAGCAUCAGAAGGUGGUGGAGGGAAAGGAAUCCGGAAGGCAGAGAGUGCCGAGGACUUCCCGAUCCUUUUCAGACAAGUGCAGAGUGAGAUCCCUGGCUCCCCCGUUUUCCUCAUGAAGCUGGCCGAGCACGCCCGACACCUGGAGGUCCAGAUCCUCGCCGACCAGUACGGGAAUGCCGUGUCCCUGUUCGGGCGUGACUGCUCCAUCCAGCGGCGGCAUCAGAAGAUCAUCGAGGAGGCGCCGGCCACCAUCGCCAUACCAGCUGUGUUCGAGUUCAUGGAGCAGUGUGCCGUCCACCUGGCCAAGACUGUGGGCUACGUGAGCGCGGGGACGGUGGAAUAUCUCUACAGCCAGGAUGGCAGCUUCUACUUCUUGGAGCUAAAUCCCCGCCUGCAGGUGGAGCACCCCUGCACAGAGAUGGUCGCCGAUGUCAACCUGCCAGCCGCCCAGCUACAGAUUGCCAUGGGGGUGCCGCUGCACCGGCUCAAGGAUAUCAGGCUUCUCUACGGAGAGUCGCCGUGGGGGGUGACGCCCAUUUCGUUUGACACUCCUGCCAACCCUCCGCUCGCCCGAGGCCAUGUCAUCGCGGCCAGAAUCACCAGUGAGAACCCCGAUGAGGGUUUUAAGCCAAGCUCUGGAACGGUUCAGGAACUGAAUUUCCGGAGCAACAAGAACGUGUGGGGUUAUUUCAGCGUGGCGGCUGCUGGUGGCUUACACGAAUUUGCUGAUUCCCAGUUCGGGCACUGCUUCUCCUGGGGGGAGAACCGGGAAGAGGCCAUUUCGAACAUGGUGGUGGCUUUGAAGGAACUGUCCAUCCGGGGCGACUUCAGGACCACUGUGGAGUAUCUCAUCAACCUGCUGGAGACCGAGCGCUUCCAGAACAACAACAUCGACACAGGCUGGUUGGACCACCUCAUCGCCGAGAAAGUGCAGGCCGAGAAGCCGGAUAUCAUGCUCGGGGUGGUGUGCGGAGCCUUGAACGUGGCCGACGCGAUGUUCAGAACAUGCAUGACGGAUUUUUUACAUUCGCUGGAAAGGGGCCAGGUCCUUCCUGCAGCUUCUCUGCUGAACAUCGUGGAUGUGGAAUUAAUUUAUGGAGGUGUUAAGUACAUCCUCAAGGUGGCCCGGCAAUCUCUGACCAUGUUUGUCCUCAUCAUGAACGACUGUCACAUCGAGAUCGACGCCCACCGGCUAAGCGACGGGGGGUUGCUACUGUCCUAUAAUGGUAACAGCUAUACCACCUACAUGAAAGAAGAGUUUGACAGCUACCGUAUUACCAUCGGCAACAAGACGUGUGUGUUUGAGAAGGAGAACGAUCCCACGGUCCUGAGAGCCCCUUCGGCUGGGAAGCUAGUGCAGUACACGGUGGAGGACGGGGGCCAUGUUGAGGCUGGGAGCAGCUAUGCCGACAUGGAGGUAAUGAAGAUGAUCAUGACCCUGAACGUGCAGGAAAGCGGCCGGGUGAAGUACAUCAAGCGCCCGGGGGCCAUGCUGGAAGCAGGCUGUGUGGUGGCCAGGCUGGAGCUCGAUGACCCUUCCAAAGUGCACCCGGCCAAGCCAUUCACAGGAGAGCUCCCUUCCCAGCAAACUCUGCCCAUCAUGGGAGAGAAACUGCACCAGGUUUUCCACAAUGUGCUGGAAAACCUGACCAACGUUAUGAGUGGCUACUGUCUGCCGGAGCCUAUUUUUAGCACAAAGCUGAAGGAGUGGGUGCAGAAGCUUAUGAUGACCCUCCGGCACCCAUCACUGCCGCUGCUGGAGCUGCAGGAAAUCAUGACCAGUGUGUCCGGUCGCAUCCCCGCCCCCGUGGAGAAGUCGGUCCGCAGGGUGAUGGCGCAGUACGCCAGCAACAUCACCUCGGUGCUGUGCCAGUUCCCCAGCCAGCAGAUAGCCACCAUCCUGGACUGCCACGCGGCCACCCUGCAGCGGAAGGCUGAACGGGAGGUCUUCUUCAUGAACACCCAGAGCAUCGUGCAGCUGGUCCAGAGGUACCGCAGUGGGACCCGAGGCUACAUGAAGGCGGUGGUGUUGGACCUCCUGCGGAGAUAUUUACGGGUGGAGCACCAUUUCCAACAAGCUCACUACGACAAGUGUGUGAUCAACCUCAGGGAGCAGCUGAAGCCAGACAUGUCCCUGGUGCUGGACUGCAUCUUUUCCCACGCACAGGUGGCCAAGAAGAACCAGCUGGUGAUCAUGUUGAUUGAUGAACUCUGUGGCCCAGACCCUUCCCUGUCGGAAGAGCUGACCUCCAUCCUCAACGAGCUCACUCAGCUGAGCAAAAGCGAGCAUUGCAAAGUGGCCCUCAGAGCCAGACAGGUCCUGAUUGCCUCCCACCUCCCGUCCUAUGAGCUGAGGCACAACCAGGUGGAGUCCAUUUUCCUGUCUGCCAUCGACAUGUACGGCCACCAGUUCUGCCCAGAAAACCUCAAGAAAUUGAUACUCUCUGAAACGACCAUAUUUGAUGUCCUGCCCACUUUCUUCUACCACACUAACAAAGUCGUCUGCAUGGCAUCCUUGGAGGUUUAUGUGCGGAGGGGCUACAUUGCCUAUGAGUUAAACAGCUUACAGCACCGGCAGCUCCCGGACGGCACCUGCGUGGUGGAAUUCCAGUUCAUGCUGCCCUCCUCCCACCCAAAUAGGAUGGCCGUGCCCAUCAGCGUCACCAACCCCGACCUGCUGAGGCACAGCACCGAGCUGUUCAUGGACAGUGGCUUCUCCCCACUGUGUCAGCGGAUGGGGGCCAUGGUCGCCUUCAGGAGAUUUGAGGACUUCAUAAGGAACUUCGACGAAGUCGUCUCCUGCUUUGCCAUUGUGCCCCGGGACACCCCGCUCUUCAGCAAGGCCUAUACUUCCUUGUACUGUGAGGAAGACAGCAAGAACCUCAGAGAAGAGCCGAUCCACAUCCUGAAUGUGGCCAUCCAGUACGCGGACCACCUGGAAGAUGAGGAGCUGGUGCCGAUUUUCCGGACGUUCGUACAAUCCAAGAAAAACAUCCUUGUGGAUUGCGGACUCCGAAGAAUCACAUUCCUGAUUGCCCAAGAGAAAGAAUUUCCCAAGUUUUUCACAUUCAGAGCAAGAGAUAAGUUUGCAGAAGAUCGCAUUUACCGUCACCUGGAGCCCGCCCUGGCCUUUCAGCUGGAGCUCAGCCGGAUGCGCAGCUUUGAUCUGACCGCCGUGCCCUGCGCCAACCACAAGAUGCACCUUUACCUGGGCGCGGCCAAAGUGAAAGAAGGGGCAGAAGUGACGGACCACAGGUUCUUCAUCCGCGCCAUCAUCAGGCACUCAGACCUCAUUACAAAGGAAGCCUCCUUUGAGUACCUGCAGAACGAGGGUGAGCGUCUGCUCCUGGAGGCCAUGGAUGAGCUGGAGGUGGCAUUCAACAACACGAGCGUGCGCACCGACUGCAACCACAUCUUCCUGAACUUCGUGCCCACCGUCAUCAUGGACCCCUACAAGAUCGAGGAGUCCGUGCGUUCCAUGGUUAUGCGCUAUGGCAGCCGGCUGUGGAAACUCCGCGUGCUGCAGGCUGAGGUCAAGAUCAACAUCCGCCAGACCACUGCUGGCAGUGCUGUUCCCAUCCGCCUGUUCAUCACCAAUGAGUCGGGCUACUACCUGGACAUCAGCCUCUACAAAGAAGUCACUGACCCCAGAUCUGGAAAUAUCAUGUUUCACUCCUUUGGCAACAAGCAGGGACCCCAGCACGGGAUGCUGAUCAACACUCCCUAUGUCACCAAGGAUCUGCUUCAGGCCAAGCGAUUCCAGGCACAGUCCCUAGGCACCACCUACGUCUACGACUUCCCAGAGAUGUUCAGGCAGGCUCUCUUUAAACUGUGGGGCACCCCGGACAAGUUCCCCAAAGACAUCCUGACAUACACCGAACUCGUGCUGGACCCUCAGGGCCAGCUAGUGGAGAUGAACCGCCUUCCUGGAGGAAAUGAGGUGGGCAUGGUGGCCUUCAAAAUGAGGUUCAAGACCCCGGAGUAUCCAGAAGGGCGGGACGUGAUCGUCAUCAGCAAUGACAUCACGUUCCGCAUUGGAUCCUUUGGCAUGGGAGAAGACCUCCUGUACCUGCGCGCAUCAGAGAUGGCCCGGGCAGAGGGUAUCCCCAAAAUCUAUCUUGCAGCCAACAGUGGGGCCUGUAUUGGCCUUGCAGAGGAGAUCAAGCACAUCUUCCAGGUGGCUUGGGUGGACCCAGAAGACCCCCACAAAGGAUUUAAAUACUUGUACCUAACCCCCCAAGACUACACCACAAUCAGCUCCCUGAACUCUGUCCAUUGUAAACACAUCGAGGAAGACGGAGAAUCCAGGUAUGUCAUCACGGAUAUCAUCGGGAAGGACAGUGGUGUGGGCGUAGAGAAUCUCAGGGGCUCCGGCAUGAUUGCAGGGGAGUCCUCCCUGGCUUACGAAGAGAUUGUCACCAUCAGCUUGGUGACCUGCCGAGCCGUGGGGAUCGGGGCCUACUUGGUGAGGCUGGGCCAGCGAGUGAUCCAGGUGGAAAACUCUCACAUCAUCCUGACGGGAGCUGGCGCUCUCAACAAGGUCCUAGGCAGAGAGGUUUACACCUCCAACAACCAGCUGGGCGGUGUGCAGAUCAUGCAUUACAACGGCGUCUCCCACAUCACCGUGCCAGAUGACUUCGAGGGCGUUUACACCAUCCUGGAGUGGCUGUCCUAUAUGCCAAAGGAUAAUCACAGCCCAGUCCCCAUCAUCACACCCACGGACCCCAUUGACAGAGAAGUUGGAUUCUUCCCGACCAGGGCUCCCUAUGACCCCCGGUGGCUGCUUGCAGGAAGGCCUCACCCCACUCUGAAGGGAUCCUGGCAGAGUGGAUUCUUUGACCAUGGCAGUUUCAAGGAAAUCAUGGCGCCUUGGGCCCAGACCGUGGUGACAGGACGAGCAAGGCUAGGGGGGAUCCCUGUUGGAGUGAUUGCCGUGGAGACGCGGACCGUGGAGGUGGUGGUGCCUGCGGACCCUGCCAACCUGGAUUCAGAGGCCAAGAUAAUCCAGCAGGCGGGCCAGGUGUGGCUCCCAGACUCGGCCUACAAGACGGCCCAGGCCAUCAACGAUUUCAACCGAGAGAAGUUGCCCCUGAUGAUCUUUGCCAACUGGAGGGGGUUCUCUGGUGGCAUGAAAGACAUGUACGACCAGAUGCUAAAGUUUGGAGCCUACAUCGUGGACAGCCUCAGGCAGUACAAACAGCCCAUCCUGACCUACAUCCCACCCUACGCGGAGCUCCGGGGGGGCUCCUGGGUGGUCAUGGAUUCCUCCAUCAACCCCCUGUGCAUAGAACUGUAUGCAGACAAGGAGAGCAGGGCGAAUAUUCUGGAGCCGGAGGGCACAGUGGAGAUUAAGUACCGAAAGAAAGAUCUGGUAAAGACCAUGAGAAGGAUUGACCCGGCUUACAAGAAGCUCGUGGAACAGCUUGGAAUGUCGGAGCUGUCCGACAAGGACCGCGAGGACCUGGAGGGCCAGCUGAAGGCCCGGGAGGAUCUGCUGCUGCCCAUCUACCACCAGGUGGCGGUGCAGUUUGCCGACCUACACGACAGGCCCAUCUGCAUGCUGGAGAAGGGUGCCAUCGCUGACAUCCUAGAGUGGAGGACCGCACGCACCUUUCUGUACUGGCGCCUGCGCCGUCUCCUGCUGGAGGACCAGGUCAAGCAGGAGAUCCUGCAGGCCAGCAGCGAACUGAGCCACGUGCACAUCCAGUCCAUGCUGCGCCGGUGGUUCGUGGAGACCGAGGGGGCCGUCAAGGCCUACCUGUGGGACAACAACCAGGUGGUGGUACAGUGGCUGGAACAGCACUGGCAGGCGGGGGACGGCCUGCGCUCUACCAUCUGCGAGAACAUCAAGUGCUUGAAGCGAGACUCCGUCCUCAAGGCCAUCAGAGGCCUGGUGCAGGAGAACCCUGAAGUGGCCGUGGACUGCAUCGUGUACAUGAGCCAGCACAUCAGCCCAGCCGAGCGGGCCCAAGUCCUUCACCUCCUGUCCACUGUGGACAGCCCAGCCUCCACCUGACCCCUGCCACCUCGCCACUUGCAGGACCACACGCAAGAGAAACCAUGCUGACCCGCCUACCGCAGGCCUCAUCAGGACCUUGGGGGUUUGCUUUAAAAAAAAAAAAAAAAAAUCCUGGGCAUUUCUGCAGGGCUGCUGGCCUCCCACUCACUCCUGUCUCAAUAAAAGGCUCAGGAGUGUCCCCUUCCAAACAGAAAUAGCUUCCUCUCCGUUGCUGGGAAGUUUGUUCUAGUGUCUCUUGAGACAACACAUUUUGCUGCAUCGCCGAAUCAACCUGACCCCAAACACCCUGGUUUCCUUUUGCUUUCUGGUGCCUGGCGUGCGGGACCCAGGUGUUCUUGUAGGCUUGUUUUGUAUCCGAUCAUGGAAUCUUCUAUUUUUUUACUCUUGAGACCAACUCUUGAUGGAAGCAUCUUCUAUAUUUCAGCAGAAUAAAUAGGCCAAGGAAAGAAGUACAGAGACAAGAAGAAAAAAAAAAACAAAACAAAAACCCUAUUU